AUGUUCCAGCGGUUGAAAGGUGCCAUUGACUCCCGUAUCGCAGAAGAACAAGCACGUCAGAAAACCGUCGCUGGCUCUUCUGCGCCCGUCUCUAGAUCGAAUUCAACAGCGAAACAACCCUCCUCGCGAACCGCAUCACCGUCUACCGGUACACGCCCACGACGAGCCAAGCCGAAAGAUGGCGACGCAUCACCAGCUCGUGGCCCUGACCCGUCAGAAUUCGAGGAUGGUGCUUUCGUCAUAGAAGAUGAGGCUGAGGACGUGGCAGCUGGGGCUGCGAUCGACGGGGAGAAGAUCGUAACGGCGGAAGCUGAUACAACUCGUGAGGUCCAGCGGUCUAAUGGUGAAGGCGAAAAUGUGCCGGAGAAGGUUACACAGAGCCGCCCUCAUGUUACGGAACUCCCUGCGGAUGUACGUGCAAAGUUACAACGAUUGGAGAAUCUCCAGUCCAAGUAUAAAGGUAGCGUGGCCAAUUUGUUACGAUCCUACAGGGUUGCUCAUGCGCGAGCCGUAUCCAUAGAACCCUUCGAAAAGGCACUGAAGGAGAACACCCCCCUUGCAACAAUAUCUGACCCCGAUGCUUUGGUAGAAUAUUUGACACAAUUAAAUCUCAAGGGCGACAUGGUCAUGGACGAACUUAAACGCGUUUCUGCGGAUCGAGAUAGAUAUAAGACGAAAUUCGAAGAUUCAGAGAAAGAGGCUAUCGCUGUUCGAGGAGAGCUGGAGGCUUUAAAGAGUUCGUCUGGUACUGCUGUCAAAGCCACCGGUAACGAGCAAGGGGAGACACUGAGCAUGGCAGAAACAGUGAACACGGAUCCAACAACGCCGUCUGUAAAAUCACCUGUGUCUUCUGUACUCAAACUUUUCUCCCCUAAACAGAAGCCAGAAUCAGCGUUAGACAAUCAAGAUGUAGGCGAGGAUUUCUUUUCAUACGACGAAGAAUUACCCAAGCUGCAGGCCCAAGUCAAUGGAAAAACGGCAGAGGUCGAAGGGUUAAAAUCAAGAGUCACCGUUUUAGAAACCGAGCUUGCUAUGGUUAAAAAAUCAAGCGUUGGGAACGUGGAGGAGCUGGAAACGGCACAUCGAGAACUGAGUACCUUCAAGGAGGCCAUCUCUCUUGCCGACGAGCGCCUUGAGCAAAUAGAGACCCAGUCAGCAGAGAUAAAGACCCUCAAAUCCAGGUUGACAACCACCGAGGAACAACUUUCUGCCCUGGAAGCACAUCUGGCAGAACAGCAAAAGCAAGCUGCUGCUGAAAAAUCCUUACUGAACGGCGAAAUCGCGGGGCUAAAGGAAAGCAGCGACCAAGAAUUGCGAGCUGCUAAGAUAGCAAAAGAGCAAUUCGAAGUUGAUCGCAAACAACUUGACAUUCAGAUGGAAGUGCUACGAACGUCCCGCGAAGCCGAUGCUAAACAAAUCGAAGAACUUGCAGAUUCAAACAAGUUAUUGAUGAAUCAACUUAAAGAAGAGACCGGAUCGCAGACCAACCCUGUCGACGAACCAGAUAGCAAGCCCGCUUCAGCGAAUAACCUGACGGUACCACCUCAAACGACAGGUGGUGCUAAAAAGAAGAAGAAUAAUAAAAAGAAGAAAACCGGAAAUGUCGCGGCGGCUGUGAAGGAAGCAUCUCAAGAGAAAGACGCUACGCAUACAAUCCCAACGCCUAUUGCUAGCGAUUCCCAAGCGGAGAUCUCGAGGCUCAAGGAAGAAAUAUUAGAUCGUGAUCGUCAGAUUGAGAAACUACAAACAAAACGAAAACUUGAAGCCGACCUCCGAGAGGAGCUGGAAAAUAUGCAGGACAACUUCCUCCAGAUUGGGCAGGAGCAUGUCGAGGCCAAAGAGAAGAUCAAGGAGCUUCAAGGCGAGAAAUCAGCCUUUCAAGCGAAGCUCACAGAACUAGAGUCUGAAGUUGAAAUUUACAAGAGCAAGUCAGAGGAAAGUGAUAAAAUGAGAGAUGAUCUGCAGUCCUUAACCGCGGAUUAUGAGAGUCUCAAGUCAAAAUCAGCGACUCUUCAAAAAGACCUCGGAGCCGCCCAGCAAUUGGCAGCAUCGCGCUAUAGGGAUUUGACGGAUCUUCGAGAUGUGCUUCAAAAGGCACAACCAGAACUUAAAUCACUUCGCGAAGAAAGUACGAAGCUCAAGACUGUGAAGGAUGAACUAGCCACCAGAACAUCUGAGUUAAGGCGCCUUGAAGCGCGGGAAAGGGACCUACGCUCUGACGUGAAUAGCUUCAAGAAGCAGGCAGCAGAUAGGGAAGGUGAAAUUCGCACACUCAACGAGAAGGUUACUCAAGAAACCAAUGGCAGACUGCGUGCGGAAGAUCAAGCUCGUGUCGCCCAGCGUGAUAUGCGAAAAUCCGAGGCCGAAAGGAUCAAGCUUGCGGCAUCAGGGGAAAAGAUCUCUGCCGAGCUAGGAAGCGUGCAAGAGGAAGGUGUGAAAUUGAGAGCUAAAGUUCAUGAACUGGAAGAUGAAGUCACUAAACUCACAGGUAUGUCCAAGGGGCUUAGUGAGGAGGUCGAUCUUCGUAGUACCCAGUUCAACAAUGCUCAAAGCCUGCUGGGAAGCAUGAGAGAUCAAUCGGCCGAGAUGGCAAUGCAACUGAAAGAAGCAAAAGAUCAAUCGGAGAGUCUAGAAGAAGAGCUCGCGGAAGUGCAGAGGCUUCUAAGCGAGCGCACUCGUGAGGGGGAGACUAUGCGAAGGUUGUUGGCAGAUGUGGAUGAUCGUGCAGAUGCCAAACUACGUGAGAUGCGAGAGCGAAUGGAGAUAGCCAUUGAGGAGCGCGACCGCGCAGAGGAUGAAGCUAGCACAAACGGCCGGAAGAAGGCUCGCGAGGCUGAAGAGCUCAAGACAAAGUUACGAGAUCUUGAGCGUGACCUCAAGCGAGCUAUUGAUGACCGUGAUGAGUUCCAGCAGUCAGAGAAGGAGUGGAAGAGGAAGCGUGAUGACCUCGAGGGGGUGUCAGAGCGAGCAUCACAAGAAGUCAGCGAAGUUAGGUCGGCAAUGGUCGAGCUUCGUAAUGCUUUGGAUGGCAGCGAGAAACAAGUACGAGAUGCUGAAAAGCAACGUGGUGACUUGAGACGACUACUGGAAGAGGCCAACCAGAGAUACGAGAAACUCCAAAAGGAGCUCAAGUCCUUGCAAGCCAAGCAAACGAAGUUGAACGACAGGUCAUCGGGAGAAAGUGGCAGGGCAGGUAGUCCCAAUGGCACAGGUGGGCGAGGGUUAGUCCAGAUGGAUUAUGUUUAUUUGAAGACGAUCCUUUUGCAAUUUCUGGAGGUCAGAGAUAGGAAGAUACAGACCAGUCUGAUUGAGGGAGCGAUUGGACAAUUGCUGCAUAUGGAUAAGUAA